AGCAAAACAAUUUGGCACUGAUGUGUCAGACCACCCAUGUCAGUCAGGUAUUCACGGUAGUCUUCGCUAGUUAAUUAGUCUCUUUUUUAUUUUUGCAGUUAUGUAGUCAUAGUAUGUACUCGGAUCCAACGAUCAAGAGCAGACUGACGACAAUGAAAUGCCUGCCAGCUGACAGGCGACCACAUCGAGGUAGCUAGUGGUCGUUAGCUUAACAAAGCAUAGCUGACUUGACAGCGUUAGCUAGCAUCGUUUUGUAUUUCGAUGUAGUGCCAAUUCCUGGUAGUCACAUGUAGUUAAACGGUGUAGUCUUUCCGUUCAUCGCUAAGUAUACUUUCUUCUUAGGCAAAACAGCGAAGACGCCAACGCGUGGAAGCAUGCCAGCUGUAUUCGUCUUUUCAGGCAGGGGGUAGCUGGCUAAAUCGAUUAGCAGGACAUUGGCAAGGGACCAUAUCCUCAUUUGGAUGGGGUGUUGGCUGUAUUUCGCAAAACCCUUUUCUCUCGCUUGGAGCAUUUGAGCGACAGCGGUGUCAACAUGCCUGGAAUGGUAGUGUUUGGACGGCGAUGGGGUAUCGCCAGCGACGACCUCGUCUUUCCAGGAGCAUUUGAAUUGUUCAUCAGAGGGAUAUGUUGGAUUGGCACGGUGAUUCUGUACAGCAUUCACAAGGGCCACUUCGACUGCGCUGGCGGGUCAGUGCUCCACAGUUACCUCGUGGUGCUGCUGGUGCUCCUGGCUGUCAUCAUCCUGUCACUAUGCGCCAUUGUUUAUGUCAGUGGACAGGGCACUAUCAUGAACCCUGGUCCUCGGCGCUCCAUGCCAGCGCUGGUGUAUUUCCGGGCUCUCCUGUACGUUCCAGAGUUGGUCUGGGCCUGUUUGGGAGCAAUCUGGGUCAACGACGAUAGCAGGGGAUGUGACCCCGCGGCCGUAGGGGCAGUCAUCGGCACUGUUAUCUCCAGCUGGGUGAUCAUCUUCUUCACGGUGGUGGGAGUGCUGGUGGUGUUCGACCCGCUGGGUAGUCAGCGCCGCUCGGUUCUGGCCCAGCAGCAGCAGCAGCAACCUCUUGGCUUGCGCGACCUGGAGAGCAGUGAGUCGGCCCAGUUCCUGUCGACGGCGCGGUCUCUGGCGGUGCGCGUGUGGGAGAGCCGUCUGCGCCUGCUCUGCUGCUGCCUCCCGCAGGACGACAACCACCGGGCGGCCUUCAGCGGCAUCGCACAGCUGUUCACCGGAUUCUUCUCGGAUACUGACCUGGUGCCCAGUGACAUCGCUGCUGGUCUGGCUCUGCUGCAUCAGGAGCAGGACAAGAUGGAGCAGUGCAGAGACCCAGACGACGUAAUGGCACACAGCCCCUCCUCUCCCAUAAGAGAAGAUCUUGAGAUUGAGCUGGAGCGUGCUACCCACUGCAUGCAGUUUGCUGUGGCUGCGUACGGGUGGCCCAUGUACAUCUACUCACACCCCCUCACCGGCCUCUGUAAACUCAGCGGCGACUGCUGCCGUAGUCGCAGUGCCCAGUAUGACAUUGUGGGAGGAGACCACCUGGGAUGUCACUUCACCUCCAUCUUACAGACCACAGGCCUUCAAUACAGGGACUUUAUACACAUCAGCCUUCAUAACCAGAUCUACGAGAUCCCUUUCUUUGUGGCUCUGGAUCACAAAAAGGAAUCGAUCCUGGUGGCCAUUAGGGGAACCCUCUCGCUGAAGGACGUGUUGACGGAUCUGUCAGCGGAGUGUGAGAACCUGCCUAUACAAGGGGUAUCAGGGGCCAGCUAUGCACACAAGGGCAUCUCCCAGGCUGCCCAGUACAUCUACAAGAGGCUCGAGAACGACGGCAUUCUGAGACAAGCCUUCUCCAUCGCUCCAGAGUAUAACCUGGUCAUCACUGGCCACAGUCUGGGUGGGGGUGCUGCUGCCAUCCUGGCCGUGUUAUUGAGGAGUCAUUAUCCCACGCUACAGUGCUACGCAUUCUCACCACCACCACUCAUGAGCAAAGCUCUUACUGACUACUCCAAGGAGUUUGUGGUGUCUGUGGUGUUGGGAAAGGACCUUGUACCCAGGUUAAGUUUACCCAACAUGGAGGACCUGAAGAAGAGGAUACUGAAAAUGGUCUCAAAUUGUAACAAACCCAAGUACCGCAUCUUGUUGCAUGGCUGCUGGUACGAGGUGUUCGGUGGGGAGCCGGAUGACUUCGACACGGAGCUGGAGAACAGGGAAGAGGAGCUGAGUGCUCCCUUGCUGGGGGAGGAGAGCCUGUUGGUGCGUAGCUCAGCAUCGUACCAGAGCCUGGCCUCCGACGAGUCGCCCACACACACCACCACCACACACCUGCCCCUCUACCUGCCUGGCAGAGUCAUGCACGUCACCGAAGAUGGACCUUCACGCAGGUCCUGUUGGUCUAAUGUGCGCUACCGUGCCGAGUGGUCCAGUGAGAUGGCGUUCCGCAGCGUGCUCAUCUCCCCCCGCAUGCUGGCGGACCACAUGCCCGACGUGGUACUGCGGGCGCUGCAGAGCCUGGGCCAGGACCGCAUCACGCUGCUCUGCCCCUCCUCCAUGAGCAAUAGCCACCUCAACGUCAUCUGAGGCACACACACAUGCUUAUACAUAGACAGAUACACACACACACACACACACACACAC